AUGGCCCCGACAGACCCAACAACAGCAGCGGUGCCAGCACCAAGCGAGACCCUUGUGGAGCGCGCCAGCACCUUCGUGUCGACGCACAGAAAGGUCCUGGUCGUCGCGGCCGCAUCAGCUGCCGUCGCUGGGGGGCUGGCGUAUGCCUACUGGGCAUCCACGUCGUCGUCGUCCUCUCGUGGGCAGGGCAAGGGCGGAGCAAGCAGCGGGGGAGCGGGAGGAGCAGGGGAGGGCAGGAAGAAGAAGAAGAGCGGGAGCAAGGGCGCGAAGAAGGGCAAGGGUGGUAGUGGGAGCAGUGGGAGCAGCAAGGCGGACCUGGAGGCGAAGGAGGGCCCGAUCCUGGAGGAGGUGCCGGGGAAGGCCAAGGUGGAGGAUGUCGCUGAGAACUACGACGGGCUGUCCGCGGAGCAGAUAUUCGCGCUCCCUAUAGAGGAACGCACAAAGGUGGCGGGGCACUUCAAGGCAAAAGGCAACGCAGCGUACACGGCGCGCCAGUUUGCGGACGCGGCCGAGCUGUACACGCGCGCCAUCCAGGUCUCGCCCACACCCGAGCCCGUCUUCUACUCCAACAGGGCUGCUUGCUACGUGAACAUGUCGCCCCCAAAACACGACCUCGUUGUCGCCGACUGCGACGAGGCUCUCAAGCUCGACCCCAAGUACGUCAAGGCUCUCAACCGACGCGCCAUCGCGCUCGAGGGGCUGGAGCGAUAUCGGGAGGCGCUGAGAGACUUCACGGCCGCAACGAUCCUCGACCGUUUCCAGAACCAGACGACAGCGAACGCCGUGGAGCGGGUGCUUAAGGUCGUCGCGACGAAGGAGGCUAAGGAGACACUUGAGAACCGUGAGCCCCGCCUCCCCUCCUACACCUUCAUCUCCGCCUACUUCGCCGCCUUCCGCCGCCGGCCGCAUCCAACCCUCCCCCCCAACCCGUCUCAGGGCGACCAGACCCUCCUUCUGGCUCUCCAAGCGCUCGACGCGGCGGACUACCCGCACGCGGUGACGUUGGUGAACGAGGCGCUCGAGCAGGGCGUGUCGUGGGAUGAGGGACGGGCGGAGGGGGUUAAUUUGCGGGGGACGUUUAGGUUCCUCACCGGCCAAAUCCCCCUCGCACAAGCCGACCUCGAAGAGAGCCUGCGCCUGCACCCAGGACUCACACAGAGCCUCGUCAAGCUCGCCAGCGUGCACAUGGAGCAGGGCGACCCCGCAAAGGCCUUUGCAUGCUUUGACGAGGCGGAGAAGACGGACCCGAAGGAUGCGGAUGUGUUUUAUCAUCGGGGGCAAGUGCUGUUCAUAAUGAACGAAUUCGCUGCCGCAGCCGAGAACUACCUCGCCUCCUCCUCUCUUGACCCCCCCGACGGCGAGGGCUUCGUGUUCAGCCAUAUUCAGCUGGCGGUGGCGCAGUACAAGAUGGGCGAGCUGGCGAAGAGCAUGGCGACGUUUAGAAGGACGUUGAAGGCUUUCCCGGGGAGGAGCGAGGGGUUUAAUUAUUAUGGCGAAUUGUUACUGGACCAACAGAGGUUCGAAGAGGCGGUGGAGAAGUUCGAGAAGGCGAUCGAGAUCGAGAAGACAAAAACACCACCCAACGUCCUCCCACUCGUCAACAAAGGCCUCGCCCUCUACCAAUGGAAGCAAGACCUCGGCGCCGCCGAGCGGUGCUGCCACGAAGCCCUGCGCAUCGACCCCGAGUGCGAGGCCGCCGUCGCCACGCUCGCGCAGCUCUCCCUCCAACAAUCCAACAUAAAAGAGGCGGCGAAGCUGUUUAGGCGGCAGUGUGAGCUGGCGAGGAGCGAGCCGGAGCUGGUGAAUGCGCUGACGUAUGCGUAUGCGACGGAGGCGCAGGUGGAGUUUUUGGAGGGGUACCCGGAGAUGGCGAGGGAGCUGGGGGGGAUCGCUCAGGGGAUGAUGGGGAUGUGA